AGCAAACUGGAGUGACCGGCUCAGGGGCUCAGAGCGAGACUCAGCCCGCCUCACUGCUCUGCAUGACAGCAGCGAUCUGGAGGAAGAUUAAUGGACGCGGGCCCAGGACAUGCAGCUGUUUCAGGAAACUGCCCCGAGACAGACGCAUGCUAGCUCAUGGGAUACAAAACCCAACACCGAAAAUCCCAUCUUCCCAAACAGUGAUCUUGUUAUGUCGUGUGAAGGACAGCUGGUGAUGGGAGCCUGGCUGCCACGGAAGGCUGCUGAGUCUCCACGCCAGAGACACUCGGGAGCUGGGAGUGCAGCUAAGUGUUCACCCCCACGCUCACCCCCACUGCUCCUGCUCUGAGUUUCCCUCAUCUCACUACAGAAAAGGCAGUGCUCUUCAGUACAUAACAAUCAGAGACUCUAGCCACACCGUGUGUGUGUGUGUGUGUGUGUGUGUGUGUGUGUGUGUUUCUUAAAUACUAGUCACAUUUCCCAUUGUGACUAUUAAUUUGCAAUGUUUCCAGUUCCAUAUACCUAGAAAAUCUUGGCAAGAUUAUUGACAUUGUACCUCAGGAGCUGUGGUGUGCACUCGGGAUUUUCCUAGGGUUGGAUGUGUGUGUGUGUUUUUGUUUGUUUGUUUGUUUUUUUUAAAGCUCUUUAUUGUAAUAUAAUUGCUUUACACUUUUGUAUCAGCUUUUGAGGUCCACCAAAGUGAAUCAGCUGUAUUUAUACAUAGAUCCCCGUAUCCCCUCCCUCCUGUGACUGGAUGUGUGUGUUUAAAGUGCUGUUUAUCUGGGACAAGUAGAGUGGCCUUUUAUGGAAAGAAUAAAACAGUUGAACUGCUGGAGCCCUUUCUGGCUUUGCCAGAAACCCACGUCCAAGUCUGAGCUGUGCAAAUAGAUGACCAGAACUUGGUCUUUGACUGUAGCACUUUCCUAGGCCAGUUUGAAAGGUCCGUCUCUUUUUGGAGAAUAGAGAGGUUGUGGUGGGCAUUGGGUAAAGAAGUUAAAGCCAAAAGCCCUGUCUUUUUCAGGCAACCUACAGAGUAAGUUGGGAAAGCAUAUGGAAUUAUAGUAAUAAUAGCUAGCAUGUCAUGAGCAUUUAGUGUAUGCCAGGCAUUGUUCUAAGUGUUUUGGAUGGUGUUGGAUAAUUCCUGACUUUGCCCCUUUGUUUUCUCUUGAUAGAAACCCCUUUAUUCCUGUAGGGUCUUUGUCCUUGUCCUUGGUGGUUGCAUGGACUAGAUAGAACAACAGGAUGGGUAGCAGUGGCCUGCUGCUGCCCAGCCAGAUUCUUCUGAUUAGAGAGGAAGAUGCAGUGGAAAGAGGCACGUCUUAUUCAGCACCUUCCAGUGUAGAGCUGGAACCAGAUAGGACCCGGAAGGCCUGUUUCCCAGCCUCAGCAUAAAGACAUUUUGAGGAAACUGCAUUGGAAAGGGCGGAGACAAAGGGUUAAAUCUUCACCCAGGAGAAGAUGGGAGAUUCUGGGAGGAGAUGAUUAUGCUGGCCCACCUUGGGACACCUUGACUCCAAGCCCAGCAGUAAGUCCAACAUGCUGCGGGGCCGCAACUCAGCCACCUCUGCUGACGAGCAGCCCCAUAUUGGCAACUAUCGACUCCUCAAGACCAUCGGCAAGGGUAACUUCGCCAAGGUGAAGCUGGCUCGGCACAUCCUGACUGGGAAAGAGGUAGCUGUGAAGAUCAUUGACAAGACUCAACUGAAUUCCUCCAGCCUCCAGAAACUGUUCCGUGAAGUAAGAAUAAUGAAGGUUUUGAAUCAUCCCAACAUAGUUAAGUUAUUUGAAGUGAUCGAGACUGAAAAAACUCUCUACCUUGUCAUGGAGUACGCUAGUGGAGGAGAGGUGUUUGAUUACCUAGUGGCUCAUGGCAGGAUGAAAGAGAAAGAGGCUCGAGCCAAAUUCCGCCAGAUAGUGUCUGCUGUGCAGUACUGUCACCAGAAGUUUAUUGUUCAUAGAGACUUAAAGGCAGAAAACCUACUCUUGGAUGCUGAUAUGAACAUCAAGAUUGCAGACUUCGGCUUCAGCAACGAAUUCACCUUUGGGAACAAGCUGGAUACCUUCUGUGGCAGUCCCCCUUAUGCUGCCCCAGAGCUCUUCCAGGGCAAAAAGUAUGAUGGACCCGAGGUGGACGUGUGGAGCCUGGGAGUUAUCCUGUAUACACUGGUCAGCGGAUCCCUGCCUUUUGAUGGACAGAAUCUCAAGGAGCUGCGGGAGCGGGUACUGAGGGGGAAAUACCGUAUUCCAUUCUACAUGUCCACAGACUGUGAAAACCUGCUUAAGAAAUUUCUCAUUCUCAAUCCCAGCAAGAGAGGCACUUUAGAGCAAAUCAUGAAAGAUCGAUGGAUGAAUGUGGGCCACGAAGACGAUGAGUUAAAGCCUUACGUGGAGCCACUCCCUGACUACAAGGACCCUCGGCGGACAGAGUUGAUGGUGUCCAUGGGUUACACACGGGAAGAGAUCCAGGACUCGCUGGUGGGCCAGAGGUACAACGAGGUGAUGGCCACCUAUCUGCUCCUGGGCUACAAGAGCUCCGAGUUGGAGGGUGACACCAUCACCUUGAAGCCCCGGCCUUCAGCUGAUCUGACCAAUAGCAGUGCCCCUUCCCCCUCCCACAAGGUACAGCGCAGCGUCUCAGCCAACCCCAAGCAGCGGCGCUUUAGUGACCAGGCUGGUCCUGCCAUUCCCACUUCUAAUUCCUACUCUAAGAAGACUCAGAGUAACAACGCAGAAAACAAGCGGCCUGAGGAGGACCGGGAGCCAGGGCGGAAGGCCAGCAGCACAGCCAAAGUGCCUGCCAGCCCCCUUCCCGGCCUGGAGAGGAAGAAGACCACCCCCACCCCCUCCACGAACAGCGUCCUCUCCACCAGCACAAAUCGAAGCAGGAAUUCCCCACUUUUGGAGAGGGCCAGCCUUGGCCAGGCCUCCAUCCAGAAUGGCAAAGACAGCCUAACCAUGCCAGGGUCCCGGGCCUCCACGGCUUCUGCUUCCGCCGCAGUCUCUGCGGCCCGACCCCGCCAGCACCAGAAAUCCAUGUCGGCCUCCGUGCACCCCAACAAGGCCACUGGGCUGCCCCCCACGGACAGUAACUGUGAGGUGCCGCGGCCCAGCACGGCCCCCCAGCGUGUCCCUGUCGCCUCCCCCUCCGCCCACAACAUCAGCAGCAGUGGUGGAGCCCCAGACCGAACUAAUUUUCCCCGGGGUGUGUCCAGUCGAAGCACCUUCCACGCUGGGCAGCUCCGGCAGGUGCGGGACCAGCAGAAUUUGCCCUACGGUGUGACCCCAGCCUCUCCCUCUGGCAACAGCCAGGGCCGGCGGGGGGCCUCGGGGAGCAUCUUCAGCAAAUUCACCUCCAAGUUUGUACGCAGAAAUCUGUCUUUCAGGUUUGCCAGAAGGAACCUGAAUGAACCUGAAAGCAAAGACCGAGUGGAGACGCUCAGACCUCACGUGGUGGGCAGCGGCGGCAGCGACAAGGAAAAGGAGGAGUUUCGGGAGGCCAAGCCCCGCUCACUACGCUUCACGUGGAGCAUGAAGACCACGAGCUCCAUGGAGCCCAACGAGAUGAUGCGGGAGAUCCGCAAGGUGCUGGACGCGAACAGCUGCCAGAGCGAGCUGCACGAGAAGUACAUGCUGCUGUGCAUGCACGGCACGCCGGGCCAUGAGAACUUCGUGCAGUGGGAGAUGGAGGUGUGCAAACUGCCGCGGCUCUCUCUCAACGGUGUCCGGUUUAAGCGGAUAUCGGGCACCUCCAUGGCCUUCAAAAACAUUGCCUCCAAAAUAGCCAACGAGCUUAAGCUUUAACAGGCUGCCAGGAGUGGGGGGCGACGGAGGUGGCCAGCUGGACUUAGCUGCUGGGGCCGGCGCUCCGCCCGGCCGGGCGAGACUGCAGAGAUGGAGUGGUGUGUCUCCCCUGCUGGCACUUCUCCCCUUCCUGCCCUUCUCAGUUUUUUCUUCCAUGUUUGUGGGGAUGGGAGAUGGUUCUCUCCCCCCAACGUUUACCCCUGCCCAGAUGUUCCCCCUUCCCCCCUCUCUCCCACAGGAGGCAAAGGAAGGGGAGGGAGAGGUGGGGGGGGCAGGGCUCCCCCUCGGUACUGCGGUUGCACAGAGUAUUUCGCCUAAACCAAGAAAUUUUUUAUUACCAAAAAAGAAAAAAGAAAAAAAAAAAAAUCCCAGCGGCCACCUUUCCUCCCUGCCCCAUUGGAACAGUCGAGACUGGAUCUGUGGGGUCCCCGGGAGGGUGGCUCAGGGCUGGAACACUCUCAGGCAAGAGUGGUGGAGUUCCCUGUCAGGCCCUCCGCCAGGCCCACUUUGGGCUUCUCCCCUCUCCUUUCCUCCUUCCCCUCCAAGCAAACCACCAGAGGUGGCCUUCCCCUGACCUCAGGCCCCUGGGCUGGAGGCCUGGGCGGCUGGGGGCUGGGGCGGGGGUGCCGCGCAGCCCUGAAGCAGUGGGACUGGCGGCUGCUCUGGGGCUGGCAGGCUAGGCGCGGGGCUCUGCCUCCCUCCACACUGUAUCCUCUGCCCCUCCUUCCCCAGAGGCUGGGCAUUUCCUUCCACGAGCUGCUGUGGGGACUUUUGUUCCCCUCCUCAAAAAGUCUGUGCCAUCUUCUCCCACCCCCUCCUGGGUAGAAGGCGGGGCUGACCCCAGGGCUGGGAGAAGGGAGGGGACCGCAGGGCAGAUGGGCUCCUCGGCCCCCAGGGGGCCGCCUGGGCUGCUAGUCUCCGGAACAGGGACGCUGGGCAUUCUCCGUUCUGGGAGAGCCUUUGUCUGAAAGCACAGCCCCCCUCGCCAUCCCUCUCCCCACUGCUCCCCUUCAUUGGCAUUAAUCUGGGCACCAGCUAGUUCCAUAGCAGUGACUUCCCUCACCACUCAUCUCUCGGCCUUGCCUUUUCUUCCUCACACUGUCGCCCCUCCUCUCAGGAGACACUGCCCGGGGCCUCCACAGCCACCUGGCAGGAGGCUGGAUAGGGCAGCAGGGCCGGGAGCCUCUGCCCUCCACGGGGUGGGGGACAGACAGGCCAAGUGACUCCCAGCUCGCUAACCUCCUCAGCCAGUGUGGGAGUGGCUGGUUAUGGGCGCUUGGCUGGUGGCAGCCGCUGCAUCCCUUAAUUUAUUUCUCUGCUGUUUCUGUUCUUGAGAAAUUGGGGGAGGGGAGUCCUGAAGAGAGGCUGCCUCUACCCUCACCUGAGUUGUACAUUUUUUGUGAUGGGUUUUAUUUUUUAUUUUAUUAUUUUAUUUUUUUUGAUUUAUGAUGACUCCACCCCUACUCAUCACCCCACUUCCAGGCCUGGCUCCAUGGCAAGUCAAGCCCUUGGGUCCCAGGAAGGGGACUCGCCAACCUCAGCCCUCCUGCCCCAAGCCCUGACGGCGGGCUCCGGCUCCUACCAAGGGCUCCCCCUCCCUUUCUUCCUCCCCCCUCCUGCCCUGUGGAACAGCCCGGGUGCUCCAAGGGGCCCGGAGGGCAAGGCUUGGCUCCCAAAGGGGGGAGUGGCUGGGGGGCUUCCAGGCAAGGUGGCCCCUCCCCACCCAGCCCCCCUUCCUGCACUUAGUUUCUCCUCUGGAUCAAACACGUAAUAAAGAGAAUGUUUGGAAUCUGA